ACUACCCUGCUCCCUCUCCCAAGCCACCGCCACUCCUUCUCCCUCUUGCGCAACCAGAGCGCACAAACCCAAUGCGGCGCCGGCCCCUCCUCCCUCUUGCGCAAUUUGGCUGUGUGGCCACGGACUAUCAAGAACAGGCAGUGGAUCCUGACCCCUUUUUCUCUCAUUCCAGCAGCAGCGGUGGAGAAGAUCCUGCAGGCGAGGUCGAGCAGCAGAGGACGCCGGCGACAACUAACUUGCUCUCCGGAGCGGAGGGCGAGGAGGUCGAAAGGAGGAAGGAGACCAUGGAGCUGUUCCCGCAGAGCGUCGGGUUCAGCAUCAAGGAUGCUGCUGCCCCUAGGGAGGAGCAAGGAGAUAAAGAGAAGCCUAAGCAGCUCACAAUCUUCUAUGGCGGGAAGGUGCUGGUAUUUGACGAUUUCCCCGCCGACAAGGCAAAGGAUCUGAUGCAGCUGGCCAGCAAGGGCAGCCCAGUGGUACAGAACGUUGUUUUGCCUCAACCCUCUGCAGCUGCUGCUGUCAGUACUGACAAGGCCGUGCUGGACCCGGUCAUCAGCUUGGCCGCUGCUAAGAAGCCUGCUCGCACAAAUGCUUCUGAUGCAUUACAUCAAGAAAAAGAUUUAGUGAAACUGUUUAGAAAGCUAUUGAUGAUAUUGAUGCUCGGAUGAUAUGGAAGCAACGAUAGCAGUACCAGUUGAAGAUGGACAGUUUGCGAAGUCUUCUACAUAAAUUUCACAUGUCUUGCUUUUGUGACUGAUCAGCUCUGGAGUAGCUAGAGUGAUGUAGUUGUGGGCUUUUGAACAAUAGCUGGAGUGAUAUGAAACAUUAGUGAUGUAGUUGUGGGCUUUAUAAUUGUGAAUGAUAUUAGUAAAUGAUCUAGUUGUGAAUGA